AUGGCGGAGUUGGACAUCGGCGAACAUUGUCAGGUGGAGCAUUGCAGGCAACAAGAUUUUCUUCCAUUUGUGUGUGAUGGCUGUUCAGGGAUAUUUUGCCUUGAACACAGAAGCAAGGAGUCACAUAGCUGUUCUGAGGUGAAUAUAGUCAAUGAGAGGCUAAAAACAGAUACACAUACAUCUUACCCAUGCUCAUUCAAGGAUUGUGCGGAAAAAGAACUUGUGCCAGUUGUAUGUCCUUUUUGUGAAAAGAAUUUUUGCCUGAGACACCGUCAUCAGUCAGACCAUGAAUGUGAAAAACUGGAAAUCUCUAAACCUCGGAUGGCUGCCACUCAGAAACUUGUUAAAGACAUUAUUGAGUCCAAGACAGCAGUGACAGUGAGUAAGCGACGAAAAGGUGCCAAAAACAAUGAAACAGCUGCAAAGGUUGCACUGAUGAAAUUAAAACUGCACGCCGAUGGGGACAAAUCACUGCCACAGACAGAAAGAAUUUACUUCCAGGUUUUCUUACCUAAGGGGAGCAAGGAGAAAAGCAAACCAAUGUUUUUUUGCCACAAGUGGAGUGUUGGAAAAGUCAUAGACUUUGCUGCCUCCUUAGCCAGCCUUCGAAAUGACAAUAACAAAUCAACAGCGAAGAAGCUAAGGUUGUGCCACGUUACUUCAGGAGAAGUUUUACCUCUGGAUAAUAUAUUGGAAAUGUGGAUUGCUAAGAAGGGUUGUCCUUUAUAUAAUGGUGGAAAUAUUAUCUUGGAAUAUCUUAAUGAUGAAGAACAAUUUUUAACAAAUGUUGAUUCUUACUUGGAAUGA